GUCGCCGUCAUUAGCAUCGAUGCUAACCUGACAGUGGUGCUGCUUCUCUUUGUCAGAGGACCGACUUCCGUUUUCAUGUUUGGUCCAGGUUUCUGGAAUUUACUCUCCUGUGAGACUGAGCCAUUUGUCACGCUGACAAACAGUAGCAGCGGUUCGGUGUCGUCGUGACGGAGCCGGCUGAAGGUGCUUUGUUUCGGCCCGGGUUGAGUUUUGAGUCCGUCAUCUUUAUUUUCAUCCUUGAAAAAAACAACGACUGUUUACCUAGCUAGCUGGCUAGCAUCAGCCAGCUGAGUUAAAGCACCUAGCAUGUUUCGGUUCCUGAAUGACGUCGAUGACGACCCUUACAUGAUGGAUCCAUUUGCUGCUCACAGGCAGCAGAUGAGGGUUCUGUUUGGUCCAUUUGGCAUGGACCCCUUUGCCCUCGCCCCCCAAAUACAGCCACCCCGCGCACCGCGCAGACAGGCUGGCCCACUGGCCCCCUUUGGCAUGAUGGGAAUGGGUGGAGGGUUCAUGGAUAUGUUUGGAAUGAUGGGAGAGAUGAUGGGAAACAUGGAAAGAAUGUCCGGUUCACCAAACUGUCAGACGUUUUCGUCUUCAACAGUGAUCUCCUACUCCUCUACAGACUCGGGGGCUCCUGAAGUUUAUCAGCAGACCAGUCAAACGAGAACAGGCCCCGGAGGGAUUCGUGAGACACGACAGUCCAUGAGGGACAGCGAGAGCGGCCUCGAGCGUCUCGCCAUCGGCCACCACAUCGGGGAGCGCGCACAUAUAAUGGAGCGUUCACGAAAUCGCCGCACUGGAGACCGUGAGGAACGACAAGACUUCAUUAACCUUGAUGAGACUGACGCUGCAGCAUUUGAUGAGGAGUGGAGGAGGGAGGCAGGAAGAUAUGUUCCCCCGAAUGCCCGAGCGCUGGACUACAGCCGAGAUCGACGGGGAGGAGGCCAGCAACUGGCUCUCACUGCCCCUCCCAGCUCAAUGUCCCCACCAGGCCAUCGGCACGAGUCCCCCAGACACCGUCAGCCCCAAACCCGUCCACGUUACGAUUGGUGAGAGGUGUCACACGUGGCCCGACCUGAUGGAAGGAGUUGAGGGAAGAUUUUUCCCCCGAUGCUGUGAACAACGCUGAAGACGGAAGUUGUCGAUCGCCGCCAACUGACCGUUGUAAAUGUUUGAUAUAACUGGACUGUCUUUACAUAAACAACACACACACGCAUACACACAAACAAAACCCCACCCACUUGAUAGUUACAUUUACAGCUCUACUUCUCCACUGUUACACUCCACACACACGCACACACACACGCACACAUGCACACACCCUUGUGCAAACAUGGGUAUAACUACACUUCACUUUAUAUAUAUAUACUCAUUCUCAAAACUUGACAUGUGUUUUUGCCCACUGCACUAAAGUGCUACAGUAUACAGUACAUCUGCUGUACAGUCCAUUUUAUGUUUGUGAAGACACUAGUGUGUCAGUGAAUUGAAUUGUAUACUGUUAACUAAUUAAUCUAACUAAAUAAAAGUUCAUUAAACAUUGUUAGAUAAUUACAA